AUGUCGGCCAGGUCGCGAUUAAGGCUAUCGCUGACGGCGGACUCGUCCAACGCAGGUUCAGAAACGGAUGAACAGCUCCUUCCUCAGCGACCAAAGUUCCCCAAACCAUCACAACUACCGCAAGCAGAACAACCACAUAACCUGCCCACCCUAUCCCACCGUCUACGCCAUGAUGCCUCCAUCCUCGCUCUCGCCCUCUCGGACAACGCCGUCUUUGCCGGCACCCAGCGCGGUGAGAUUCUCGUCUACUCUCUCGACACGUACGACCGCAUCGCCCUGCUCGAAGCACACAAGAGCAGCGUCCUCGACCUCUGCAUCUGCAAAGACGAAAACCUCCUCUUCUCUACCGCCGCCGACCGCAUCACAAACGUCUGGGACCUGAACACAUAUCAACACGUCUACUCUCUGUACUCGCGAUACGAUACCGGCGAUGUCUUUUGUGUCGCCUACUCGUCUCUGCUACGAACCGUCUACCUCGGCGCUCAAAACACCUCCAUCCAGUGGUAUGAUUUGAAAGAAAAGGACCACAGACCGAAACCAAAGCUGAACGAUCACCCCUCGUUAAGAGAAGACCCUUUCUUUGACUCACGAGGGCCUGGUGGUGUCAGGACUCCCAGACCCGCCGACCAGGGCCAGCCUGCCAGGCAUGCUGCUGGAGGUGAUGUCUUGGAGAUCGAUCGGGACAACAUCAAGCACUUUGCACACUAUGGUUACGUUUAUUGUAUGAUGUUGGCCAAGGGUGUUGUGCCUGACGCUCCGGGCGAUCAGGUCUUGAUCUCUGCUGGUGGAGACGGCGCCAUCAAUCUGUGGACCAUGGAUGCCAAUCGCGGAGGCGCUAUCGACCUGCUGUAUACGCUUGAUGAUGGCAGAGAGGAAGGCCAGUCCAUUCUGUCUAUCGCCCUCGAUGCUACCUUCCUCUACUCUGGUCGCACUGGUGGUGAGGUCAAUGUCUGGGACUUGGAGACCAGACAGCUUGUCCGCAGCUUGAAAGCUCACAGAGACGAUGUCUUGUCAAUCUGUAUUGGCGGCGGGUACAUGUUCUCCGCCGCUGUUACUGGCUAUGUCAGGAAAUACGACCGCCAAUAUCAGUGCGCCAGCAGACUCCACGCUCACGACGGUCAGAUCUUGACUUCGGCGUUCACAUACCACAAGGGCAAGCCUUUGUACGUGACCGGAGCCAACGACAACACUGUCGCCGUCUGGGAUGUCAGCGACUGCAUCAUGUCUCCCACUGCGGUCAAGAGGACGACCGAUGAGCAAAUGCUUGACCAUCUCAAACGCUUCAUCUCCUACCGUACCGUUUCUUCCGAUCCCAAGUACAAGGGUGACUGCCGUCGCGGUGCUUCAUAUCUUCGCUCCGUCUUUAAGGGCUUCGGUGCUGCCACUGAGAUGUUGCCGACCGAAGACGGCUCAAACCCUGUCAUUCUCGCUCGCUUUAGAGGCAACCCAUCCACUGCAGCCACUAGAAAGAAGGUCUUGUUCUACGGUCACUACGAUGUCGUUGCUGCCGACAACGAGCAAGGCAAAUGGAUCACUGACCCCUUCGUCAUGGAAGGUAUCGAUGGCUACCUUUACGGAAGAGGAACGUCCGAUAACAAGGGUCCCAUCAUGGCUGCCAUUUUCGCCUGUGCCGAACUCAUGUCUGAACAAGCCCUCGGCUCGGAUGUCAUCUUCCUUAUCGAAGGUGAAGAAGAAAGUGGUUCGCGCGGAUUUGCAAAUGCUGUCAAGCAGCACAAACAUAUCAUUGGAGACGUCGACUGGAUCCUGCUUGCUAACAGUUAUUGGCUGGACGACUCGAUGCCCUGCGUAACCUAUGGCCUUCGCGGCGUCAUCCACGCUACUGUCCAGGUGGAAAGUGAACACCCUGACUUGCACAGUGGUGUCGAUGGAAGCUCUCAGCUUGACGAACCCUUGAAAGAUCUUGUGAUGCUGCUGUCCACUCUCACCGGUACUCAUGGCAAAGUCAAGAUUCCCAGCUUCUAUGACCCGAUUCCUGAGCUGAGUAAGGAGGAGGAGCUCCUCUACGAAGACAUUACCCAAGCUCUGGUUGCUAGAAAUCCUGAUCUUGGUGACCCUCGCGACCUGGCACUUUCUCUCAUGCGCCGUUGGCGAGAAGCCUCGUUGACAGUUCAUCGCUUCCACACGUCUGGUCCUGCAAACGCAACCAUCAUCCCUAGACUCGCACAAGCAGCUCUGUCACUUCGUCUGGUGCCGAAUCAAGAAGCAGACACAAUCGGCGAUGCAUUGACCAAAUAUCUGCAAUCGGAAUUCAACAAACUUGGCUCUCAUAACCGCAUGACCGUCACCAUCGACCAUCAAGCUGAACCCUGGCUCGGUGACUUCAACAACCAGAUCUUCCAGACAUUGGAAAAAGCUAUCAUGGAUGUUUGGGGACCCAUCCCCGAAGUACCUCAACACCGUAGAAAGUCGUCGCUGGCUGUGAGCAAGGAGAACGCGCUCAAAGUCGCCAUUCCCAAGAAAGACGAGGUACAGAACUCACAUACGUCCAAGCCUUCUCCCACCACCUCUUCUGUACUCGCGAACGGUGGACCCAACAAUUCUGCUUUGUCAGAUAUUACCAACGACACUCUCGCUCUACCGCUACCUCUGCUCUCUAACCAAAGGAAGCCGAGGACCAAGCCACUGUAUAUUAGAGAAGGUGGAUCUAUCCCCGCGAUCAGAUUCUUGGAGAAGGAGUUCGGAGCUCCGGCUGCGCAUUUUCCUUGUGGCCAAGCGAGUGAUUCUGCUCACCUGGAUAAUGAGCGCUUGAGACUGACGAAUUUGUAUAAGAGUAAGGACAUUUUCAAGAGAGUUUUCAGAGAGCUACCUACCAAGUAA